AUGCGGGUGGCCGCCCAUGGCCCGGCGCUGUCUCUGCCCGCAGGUUUCUGGCUGAAGCAGAGCUCGUACCUGGAGCAGCCCACUGUGCGGUUCCGGUACGAGGUGCUCUUCGUGGCCACCAUCGGGCCCGGCCCGGGCAGCUUCUUGGCGUGGAGCACGUUCCCAGCGUUCAACAGGCUGCAGGAGGACCGGCUGCGAGCCCCGCUGCUGUGGGCUAGAGAAGAGGACAAAAAUCAAGAUGGCAAAAUGGAUCAGUUGCAUUUUAAAUUGGAACUUCCACUGCAACCUACAGAGCAUGUAGUUGGUGUUCAGCUGAUUCUACUCUUUUCCUACCAGCUUUACAGAAUGUCAACACUCGUGAUGCAGAGCAUGGCUUUUCUUCAGUUUUUUUCUCCUGUGCCGGGGUCUCAGCUCUACACGAAUGGAGACCUGAAAUUGAACCAGAGGCAAUUACUUAACUAUUGUGGACUGGAUACCAGAUACAAUGUGUCUGUGGUCAAUGGCACAAGUCCUUUUGCGAGUGACUAUGAUCUAACAAACAUCAUUGCAGCAUAUUGGGAAAGAAACGUGACAACAGUCUUUUCAGAUCCCAACCCUGUUUGGAUGACUGGAAGAGCAACAGAUACACCAUUUAUCAUUAAUGCCACUAUUCGUUACCCAGUGGAAGUUAUUAAAUAUCAGCCAGGAUUUUGGGAAAUGAUUAAAUUUGCCUGGAUCCAGUAUGUCAGCAUUCUCCUUAUCUUUCUUUGGGUGUUUGGUAGGAUUAAAAUGUUUGUGUUCCAGAAUCAGGUGUUGACAACAACUCCAAUAUCACCAGUUCUGCCGGUGUCUCCAGUAUUGUCCUACAAACAGCACCAGUCCUGA